GCCCUCAACCUCGACUUGAGAGUUCAUCAGCCUCACGCCCGAUCAUCGUGUCACCGAUUUCGUUCUUGCGCAUUCCGAUCGCCUGAGGUUAACGUCUGUAUAUCUGUAAAUAGUAGAAGCGUUAAUAACCUUCCAAUGGGCGCUCCAAAGCAAAAAUGGACUCAAGAUGAAGAAGCAGCUCUCAAGGCUGGAGUUAAUAAGCAUGGGGCCGGCAAAUGGCGAACAAUUUUGAAAGAUCCAGAAUUUAGCAAUAUGUUACGCAAUCGAUCUAAUGUUGACCUCAAGGACAAAUGGAGAAACAUGAGUGUGACUGCACAUGGAUUGGGAUCUCGUGAAAAAGCCAGGAUUGCCUUGAAAAAUAGUCGACAAACCACCAAGCAUGAUGGUACAUCAAUGGUUGUAGUUAAGGAUAUUGAAAAUGAAGUUCUUGAUGUGGAGCCUCUUGCAGCGUAUAGUGAGCCUCCUCAAAUUUCCUCUCAGAAAAAGUCCAUCUCCAGGCUAGACAACCUCAUACUGGAAGCUAUAAUCAACUUAAAGGAGCCCACUGGAUCAAACAAGACAGCUAUUUCUUCGUAUAUUGAGGAUCAGUACUGUCCUCCAGCUGAUUUUAAAGAGUUGCUAUCAGAAAAGUUGAAGGCUUUGACUGCAUCUAGGAGAUUGAUCAAGGUGAAGCACAAAUAUAGAAUAACACCAACUUCUGCUUAUUCAAAGGAGAAAAGCUCCAAAUUUCUCGCUGAAGGACAACAAGAGGAACCUAGAGCCAAAAUCAAGCCCCUCACGAAAUCUCAAAUAGAUGCUGAAUUAGCACAAAUGCGAAAUAUGUCAGCUCAGGAAGCUGCUGCUGUUGCAGCUCGAGCAGUUGCAGAGGCAGAAGCAGCGAUGGCAGAAGCUGAAGCAGCAGCAAGGGAAGCAGAAGCUGCUGAAGCCGAUGCAGAAGCAGCUCAAGCCUUCGCAGAGGCAGCAAUGUUGACUCUGAAGAACCGCAAUGUUCAUAAGCAAAAUAUGCAAGUGACGCUUCCUGCAAAAGACAGAUAUAAAGCUUGAGUAAGCGUCCAUGGAUGCGUCACCUUUGAUGAUUAUGGUUGCAACACUAGCCGUGGUUGAACACUGAAUAUAAACAUACAAGUAUUUUAUUUCCCAUGAAUAAAUAUUCAAGACUGGCUUUUAUUGUCAGAUGAUGAUUUUUUGAAGACUUUCUCUCGUAUCCUAACCAGUUACCAAUGGAUGUUAUCGUAUCGUCUGGAUACAAGUAUUUUCCAUUGCUUAUUGUAGUCAACAGCAUGAUCUACCUGAUCAUCUGUCUUUUUUCAAAAAAUUAUUUGAAAGUGAUAUCUGCUUUGUUAACGCUAGUUCUUUUUCACUAUUGGCUAUUUUCUUGACAUCAACUG